AUGCUGACCCCACCACCAACUCCAGAGCCCGUGCAGAAGGGGGCGCAACAGUCUUUGGAAGACGAUGCAGGACUGGUGAAUGAAUGUAGCUAUCAGAAGCUUAAGGGUAAGCUUAGCAAGAUCGCCCAAGACGAUGAAAGUGACGAGGAGGCCGAGGUUCAUGUCCCGCUGGCCACCCUCCUACGAUCCAAGAUGACCGGGAGCCUUCACAUCGCGCAAGACAGUCCCCCCUCAUCUGACGACGACCUUUCUGCAGCAAGCACUCCAGCCACAACAAGCCCAUUUCUCGAGUCUGAUCAGUCUAAGAUCUCACCCAAGUCGACCGUACCAGCCGUCAAGCCCAAAGAACGACCACCAACUAUGGAAGACCUCAUCGCAGAGGGCAGAUGGAUCACCGAGAACGACCCCCGCAGACGCCUCAUUAUGUUGCCUGCUCCGACCACUCCGGCGCUCAGAUGGAGAUCCACAAUCAACACUCCGCGCCCGUCAGGUGGUUAGGUUCCAGC